AAGUUAUCACUGCUAAAACAUAUUCAAAUUAACACAUUUUUAAGUAUGCACUUCACAAGAACCUUCCUACUUUUUACAUAACUUCUUAUAUAAACCCAUCUCCUCAAAUUCAAUCUCCAAUUCAUCAACCAACACCAAUAUAAUUACACUUCAAUUACUACACAACAUAAAAUGGCAUCAUCCUCAAUUGUCUUGUUAUUUCUCUUCAUAGCUACUCUCAUAGCCACUUCUACAGCCAAUUUCAACGACUUUACCAUUACUUGGGGAGACGGUCGAGGCAAGGUCCUUAGCAAUGGGGACGAUCUCACCCUCUCCCUCGACAAAGCCUCUGGUUCCGGCUUCCAAUCUGAUAACGAGUAUCUCUUUGGUACGAUUGAUAUGCAGUUAAAACUAGUCCCUGGUAAUUCUGCUGGUACUGUCACUGCUUACUAUCUUUCAUCGACAGGUAACACCCACGAUGAAAUAGAUUUUGAGUUCUUAGGUAAUGUUAGUGGACAACCUUACACUUUACACACUAAUGUUUUUGCUCAAGGGAAAGGUAAUCGUGAAAAACAGUUUCACUUGUGGUUUGACCCUACUAAAGAUUUCCACACUUACUCUAUCCUCUGGAAUCCCCAGAGAAUUGUUUUCUCUGUUGAUGGGAUUCCAAUUAGAGAACACAAGAACAUGGAAUCAAAGGGAAUCCCAUUCCCUAAGAAUCAACCUAUGAGGAUUUACUCUAGUUUGUGGAAUGCUGAUGAUUGGGCUACCCAAGGCGGCCGGGUCAAGACUGAUUGGGCCCAAGCCCCGUUCACUGCAUCAUACAGGAAUUUCAACGCUGAUGCUUGUGUAUGGACCUCCGGGUCAUCUUCUUGUGGGUCGGUUUCUUUUCCCGCAUCGGGGUCGGAUUGGUUGACCCAAGAACUGGAUUCAGCAAGCUUGGAAAGGAUGAAAUGGGUGCAAAAGAAUUACAUGGUCUACAACUAUUGUGCUGAUGUUCAGAGGUUUCCUCAAGGCCUUCCUACUGAAUGCACAACUUCAUCCUGAAUUCCUAAUUAAUUAAGUGCAUAGUCGAUCACCUUUUUUUUGGCUUAAGUUAAAAAGUAAAAAAUAUUCUUCGAUUCUUUAUUUAUUUCUCGCUGAUUAAUGUGAAAAAACAAAUUCUUUGUAAUAUUUUAUUCUCAUAUACAUUGUUCGACGUUAUUUUUAUUCUAUA